UAUUAAGAAGAGUAAAAGUCACGUUUAUAGACACUGUCUUGAGAAUUGAACAUGUGCCAGAAAAUUCCAAAACUGGAACUGCACUUGAAAUUCGAAUAGAAAGGACCAUGUACUGUGAUGAAACUGCUGAUGAACCCUCAGGAAUCAAUGUACACCAGCCCUCAGCUUUUGCUCACAAGUCUCUUCAGCUCUCUGGAGUGUCUCUUUUCUGGGAUGAGUUUUCUGCAUCAGCAAAAUCUUCCCCAGUGUGUUCAACUGCACCAGCGGAAUCUGAGCCGAAGCUGUCACCUAGCUGGAAUCCCAAAAUUGUUUAUGAGCCACACCCACAACUAACUAGAAAUUUACCAGAGGUAGCACCCUCUGACCCAGUGCAGAUUGGAGGGCUAAUUGGUAGGUUGGAGUUGAGUCUCACACUGAAACAGAAUGAAGUACUUCCUGGAGCAAAGGUGAGUAUUUUAUUUUCUAUAGCAAAAAACAAAACUACAAGUGUCCUUUAAUCUCUGCAUUGACCCAAUGAUUGGUUACUUUAGAUUAUGCUGUAGCUGGGGUGCCUGCUGCCCUUGAGUCGGCAGUUUUAAUCUGAGCAGGCUCUCUGUCCUUGGGUCACGAAGUCAUGUGGGGCUGUGGUGCCCUUUUGCUUCAGCUUGGGUUUUAGCGCUGCCUCCUGCACUCAUUUCCCAGUAUUCUGGCAGUUCAAAAACAUUCAUUAGUUGAGAGAUAACUAGGAAUUCAUUAAAGAAUCUUUCUAUCAUAAAAUUAAAUGUUUUAAAGAGAAAAGAUUUGGAAAACAAGAAGUUGACUAUAGAAGAUGUUUAAUUAUAUGUAUGUAAAAAUGUCCAUCUCUUCUAGAAUGACUUUUUGUAGUUGCAUACUGUUUAUGAAAAGAGAUUGUUUUAUGAUGUCUCAUAGCUUGGAGAAGAUGCUAUAAUAAAGACAGCUGCACUUGUUUCUUAAGGAACAAUAUUGAACAGUCUGCUGGAGAAUCAGGGAACUUGGCAUUUAUUUAGUCAGUUAAAGACGUAUUUGUCAAGUGUUAUUUUCAGACUUUGAAAAUCGAUUUUCUAUAUAAUCUCUAUAAAAAUGUAGUUUAAAUUAAG